ACAUCAGCCACCAUGGGGAGCGUCAACGUUAACCGUAACGUUAGCGAUGCGUUUUACCGCUACAAAAUGCCGCGAAUUCAAGCCAAAGUCGAGGGAAAGGGUAACGGCAUCAAGACCGUGAUCGUGAACAUGGUUGACGUCGCCAAAGCUAUCGGAAGACCCGCUACUUACCCGACCAAGUACUUCGGCUGUGAACUCGGCGCACAGACCCAAUUCAAUUUCAAAGAUGAACGAUUCAUUGUCAAUGGUUCGCACGAUGCCACUAAAUUACAAGAUCUUCUUGAUGGAUUCAUUAGAAAAUAUGUUCUAUGCCCGGCCUGCGACAAUCCGGAAACCGAGCUGAUAGUAAGCGCGAAAAAGGGUACUAUCUCGCAGGGAUGCAAAGCCUGCGGUUAUCACGGAUUACUGGAAAGUAAUCAUAAAUUGAACACCUAUAUCCUGAAGAAUCCACCAAGCCUAAAUCCAGCAGUUCAAGGUAGCUCUCUAACGGAAGGAAAACGCGGAAAACGUUCGAAGCGCGCGAAUGGCGAUACCACCACCACGACCACUGCUACCGCUAAUGGCGAUCGAUCUGGUUCCCCCGAGAACGAUACUAGCACAACCGAUAUCGUGGUCGAGGCUCCCGAGAAGUUGGCAAACGAGGAUGCAGACGAUGUUAAUUGGGCAGUGGACGUAUCCGAGGAGGCAGUCAGGGCUCGUUUGCAAGAUUUAACGGACGGGGCGAAGGGAAUGACCAUCAACGAUGAUCUCGAUAAGACUGAAAAAGAAAGAAUGGACAUGUUUUAUAAGCUAGUGAAAUAUCGUCGCGACGCUGGGCAACUGGACAACCAUAAAGAGCUGGUAACGGAAGCUGAACGUCUGGACAUCAAGACGAAGGCGCCGUUGGUUUUGGCCGAACUGCUCUUCGAUCAAAAUAUUGCUGCUCAAACCAAAAAGUAUCGCGUACUUCUGCUUCGUUUCACACACGACGAUAUUAAGGCACAAAAGUAUUUAAUCAGAGGAAUCGAACAAGUUAUAGUCCUUCAUAAAGAUGCUUUGAUGCCGAAAGUACCUGGCAUUUUAAAACUGUUUUACGAUGCGGAUAUUUUGGAAGAAAAAGCCCUAUUCGAGUGGUCGAGCAAAGUCACCAAAAGAUACGUAUCGAAAAAUUUGUCUCAAGAAAUUCAUGAUAAAGCCACGCCGUUCAUUACCUGGCUGAAAGAAGCAGAGGAAGAAGAUUCCGAAUCGGAAGAGGAAGAUGACGAUUUGGAGAUCGAAUACGACGAUAGAGCCAAGCAAUCGCUGAAACCACAACAAUCGUCGCCUGUUCAGAAGCCUGCUGUGGGUAACGAUGACUCGGACGAUUCAGAUGAUUUUGAUAUCGAUGCCAUUUAAAAACGAGGAAGAUGCUCAGUAGUCGGACUUUAAUAAGUGAACAAAAAAAGUAGAUGGGAAAAAAAUAUGUCCGAUAAAUGAUGAUAAACGAUCAUUUCUCACACGAUACAAAGAGUCGCAAUGCAAUGUCUCAUUAUAUAUAGCAUUUUGUUAUUUUAGGCCAAGGAGUGAUUACAAUGCCAUUACGACGAUAUACGACAAAUUUUAACUGUUCACCAAGUUUAGCAAUAUUUAUCUGUACGGUAAUCCUUUUAAUUGUUUCUAAAUAAGGUUAUUGCGAAUUACCAUUAUUUGUAACGAUUACUGAAUGAUCUUUUCAAUAAUCAAUGCUUCUGUACCUUGAUACGCGUCUCUUUUAGAAGAAAAACACAAACACGAUAUUAAUAGUUCUCCAUCGUUACUGGGAAGUUGGCCUGCUAAAAGCGUUCUCUAUUGUAUCUAUUUACUAUUCAAUUAUUAAUUAUUCAAAUAAAUAUGGUUUA